GUCAGUCGUAGCACUUCCGGCUGUUUGGUGACGCAAUUCGUUAGUACCUCUCGGGAAGUUACGGGACGGAGACACAGUGCGUGUGAUUCUCGGCGUCGAUCGGAAGAUUUCCUGCGCGCGGUUGCUUUCUCUGAGCUGAUGGCUUAUCCUGGAUACGGCGGGUAUGGGGGUCAGAUGCCUGGCAUGCCGGGUCAGGGGAUGCCGGGUCAAGGGAUGCCGGGUCAAGGGAUGCCGGGUCAGGGGAUGCCACCCCAUGGGAUGCCAGGAGGACCCAUGGGUGGACCCAUGGGGGGUGCACCCCCCCAAGCAGGUUAUGGCUCAUAUGGAGGAGGCUUCCCAGGCUCCUACGGUGCUCCACCCCCUGCUGCCAACGAUCCAAUGUGGGCCAGCUUCACAGCCAUAGCAGGCCAGGACGGGGAGGUGGAUGCUGAGGAGCUCCAGAGGUGUCUGACUCAGUCUGGCUUCACUGGCAGCUAUGCGCCCUUCAGCCUGGACACGUGCAGGAUCAUGAUUGCAAUGCUUGACAGGGACUUCACUGGCAAGAUGGGCUUCAGUGAGUUCAAGGAGCUGUUCACGGCUCUGAACGGCUGGAAGCAGAACUUCAUGAUGUUUGACCAGGACAGGAGCGGGACUGUUGAACCUCACGAGAUGAACCAGGCUUUGAACACCAUGGAGGGACAUAAUGCUUCAAAGCAUGAAAGUCAGUGCUACCGCGUCAGUCCUCAGUCUCUGAACGCCAUCAUCAAGCGCUACAACAAAGGAGGGAGAAUCUACUUCGACGACUACGUGGCCUGCUGUGUAAAACUGAGAACCCUCACAGAGAACUUCAGGCGAAGAGACACCAUGCAGCAGGGCGCCGUCACCUUCCAGUACGAUGAUUUCAUCUUGUGCACUAUGUCGAUCUAGUGCUACUGUGUCUCACUCCACGAGGCUGGAGCCACAAAUAAACCAAUCAGUGGCUGAUUCUGGACCAGUGACUCAUGGGGAUGCAGAGGAAGGCCAGUAUAUUAAUCUGAGCAGCCAUGAGCUGCAACAGAAAGUGCCCAUUGCUUGUAACGCUUUGAAUGUGCAUCAGGUGUCUCCACAUUAGACAGGUCUGAAUCUAACAUUAAAUGAGCAUGAAAGAAACACUCUGUCAGAGUAGUUAGAAAGGGUUAAAACCACAAUCUAGAAAUUUGAAAUCUGUAAGAUGCCUGUUGUGCCAUUAUAGUCCCUGAAUGUACGGUGUAAUAUAUUCAGUCCAUUUAUAUACAUCGUUGCCUUUUACACUGAACCUGCAGUUUGUCAUAGCUAGUGCAUCUUUAUGCCUCUGUGUUGUAAUCAUUUUUAUUCAACCCCCUUGAGUUUGGUUUCAUUUCAAAUGUCAAAAGGUUAAAUUUAAAUUUUCUGAGGACAGAUUUGUUAGCAGAUUUGCUCAUGUUAGGUCCAUCUGUACAGUCAAACUCAAUCCAGUACAGAAACUGUGACAUAACCUAAUUUGUCAGCUUUUAGAGAAAGGUGGUAAAAGAUGGUUCUAAUGUUAAUAUAAUGAACUUCAGUACAACUGCAGCAGCCUGAGCUCAGUAAUAAAGCUACAGUAGAAUUAUCACCUUUCUGACAUCUUCAACAAUUAGAAAAUUCUAACCUUGUGAAGCAGAAUUAAUGGUAGAGUUGCUGUAUUGAAUUGAAUUAGACUGUAGAGGUGGUCCCAUUGCAGUGGUCACAUAGUGUAUGUCUCUAUUACCAGUGUGUUUUCAUUCGUUGGAGUCACACGAGGGGGCUGAAUAAUUCUGAAUGCUACUGGACACUCAGCGAAUGACGUGCGCUUGUUUUUCUAACCUAUAUUGAGCCUCACUACAGCUGAUCGUAGAUGCAUUAGUUCAACUUAACAAGCCAAAGUGACUGUGAUGCAGUGAACCCAGACUGUUGCCUGAUGAUGCAGCUGUAAAUGUUCCCAAACACAGCCAGGUGUUUCACAUUACAUUUUGUUACACACAUUAAACACUUUUUAACCAGUA